GUAAAAGAAAUGAAUUCGAAUACAGUGAGAACUUUUCUUGAAGAACUGAAAGUAGAAGAAGAAGUGAUACAAAUUCUCAUUGAGGAAGAUGUAACGAUUCAAGAUCUUGAAACUUUGAAAAAAGUAGAUCUUGAUGCUCUAAUUAAAAAAUAUGGUCAGAGAAGGAGAUUUGCUAGAGUUUUGAUACAAUGGAUGCUAAAACGUGGUCUUCCUGUAGACCCGGAACUUUUAGUGGCAUUUGGUGAAGUGCAACCUGCACAAGUCAUUUGUGAACAGAAGAAUCAGUCUUCUCUAGUGGAGAGCUCUGAUGAAAUCUCAUUGUCGACUUCUUCUGAUCAAUUGUCAUCUACAUCUUUCAUCACCGAUGACAGCAAUAUUACUUUUUUAACGACGGAUUUGACAUUUCCAUUGCUAACCAGCCAGGAAAACAAUACAGAAAAGCUUCCAUUUUCUUUAGAAAUAAAUGUUGAAGACUGUUCUGAUGAACAUACAGCACUUGAGGAAGAUUUGGAAAACGUAUCAAAGCUGGACGACAAGAUUUUAUAUUUCAUAGAUAAACCAAAAGCUCCGUUAAAAGAAAAAAACGUUCAGCAGUUGCAAGUGCAAUCAGUAAUUUCUCAAGAAAAGAAAGAAACAGAAGAUUCGCAAUCAAAAAAUCCAUUGUUCUUCCUAUUACAAAAAAACGGACUCCGUUGCCGAGAACUUGUUAGUCAUUCCCAACGCAAUAAUUUUGUGCUGGAAUGGCGCGACAUCAACUUAAUUGCAAGAAUUACUGCAAAGCAUCUUCUUAACUUGGCCAUUCCGCCAAAACGCAAAAUAUUGUCAUCAACUCUAACAAGAGGGAUGGAACUGUAA